AUGAGUGUCCGAGAUCAUAGAAAAUCACUUUCUCACAUUUGUUUGCAGGAAGAUGUGCAGAAGAAAAUCGGAGGUCUUUCGCCUGUCGCAGCUGAUGUCAUUGUCAUAGUCUUGCGUGACCCUGACUUUUGGGCAGCUAUUGACCAAGGCAUUAAGGUUGCAAAACUGAUUGUCAACUUAAUUGGAGACAAGGAGUCUUGUGAAUCUUCCCUUGCUUUGUGCAUGCUAGGGCUCAUCCAUGUUGCCAAGACUAUCUCCCAGUUACCACUCAAAGACAGUGACAACUCCAACUUCUGGCUCCAUGUCAAAACGAUGGUUGCCAAGUUGCUUGUCAGGGACCUGAAAGAGUACUACAAGUGCUCUGGGAUAUUCGCUGGGGGGCAGGCUGAUGUGCUUGACUGGUGGGAGACACUUCCUGUCAGUGCAGAGCAAUGUCCACUGAAGGCACUUGCAAUAAUCAUCCAUUUGAUCAUACCUCAUGCGGCCAAUAUUGAAUGCUACUUCUUGGGUCUCGGUGGAGUUCAAUCAUUUGCAUGGAUUCCUCCCCUUGUGGCAGACUCUGAUGACCAGGACUAUCUCAUGGGUCCAGAAUUGAUUACCAAUGAGGAGUUGAGAGAGGAGUUUGAAAGUGGCAUCGUCAACUGGAGUGAGCUAGAGAGGGUUAAACAAGGUAUCACACCAACCAGCUUCAUUGAAGAGAUCAAUGUACUCAAUCAAGGCUCAGGGAGUGCAUUGGGGUGGAAUAUUGAUGCCCUUUUGACAUCAGAAGAAUUUACCUUAGCUAAUGGUAAAUUUCUCUGGAUAUCCUGGCUUCUUGCAUGUAGAACAAGAGCCAGAUUGCUCUUCAAAGUUGACAAACGGCUGGACAUAACCGAGAGCUACAUGGCAUAUUUGUUCACUCAACCACAACCACUGAGAGGGGUAUACAAGAUGGCACUUGAUGACAUCGAGUCAAAUGAAGAUGACCAGGACAAGCUGUUCACCGAGUAUACUAUCAAUACUGUUCAUGCAUGCUAUGCCACAGCACAGUCUCGAGUUUGCCAGUAUACCCAACUCUUGACGCUCUUGAGACAUGAGGAAGAUGAGUGGGCACAGAAAGUGGAGCAGGCAAACAACAUCUUGCCACAUUACAAGCUGAACAAAAUAUUUGUUGUCAAGGUGGACUUGAGUAAAAUCCAGUCUGACUACUGUCUCUCACAUUGCCAAGUCAUGGUAGCAUACUAG